AUGGAGAAUGAGUUACGGACGACGUUCGAAGCAGGUACUAGGCUGCGAGCGCAUAGCUUGAUAAAUAACUUAACACAAGUUGGAAUAUCCAACGACACGGACAUCUUAGACUUCGUCGAAAACAUGUGCACUUAUCGUGAGUUCCAACUGAAUCGUAUGCCAUGGGUUCACUCAACCCGUGCUACUUACUUGAGAGGUAAGUCAUUGUACGAUCUCUACUCACCGUAUUACACAUCCGAGUACUGGAAGCGUGCAUAUGGAAAAGCUAUAUAUCCUAUUUUGCAUGAAGUAGAUUGGAAUGUUCUAGCCGAAAUUACAGGUACUCCUAUUAUGACCCCCAGUGUGCGUCGUCCUCCAGGUAGACCACCCACACAACGUAAGCGAUCCAGACACAAGUGUACCACACGGCUCAGGAAAUGCACUCGCUGCGCUGGAUUUGGUCAUAACCAGACCACAUGUUUGAACCACACUGUACCACGUCCGAUGUAA